AGCUGUGUGCUGAUGAGGGAAGUCUGGGGGAGUCUUGUGUGAGAAGCUGUUUGGAAGUGAGGGGACAGAGGAACAGCACAGAGACCAGGAGACAGGGAUGGAUGGAGUGAUCAGUGCUCGUGUUCCGUUGUCGGUGGUCUCAGUAGGUGUUGUGAGGUUUCUGGGUGUGUCCUGGUGUUGGAGUGUUGCAGCAGGGCUUGGAGUGUAUUUGGGUUCAGGAGGCUGGAGGUUCAUCAACACCACAGCUCGCACCAUCAAGAGAGACCUGAGUGGUCUGUACGUGCUGCUUCGUGUGAAGUGUAUCGUUCGUCGUUACCUGCGCUGCGGCAGCACCGUGCCAUCCAUCUUCGCCGAGCGAGUGGCGCUGCACCCGGACAAACCCGCUCUGGUGGAGGAGGCUACAGGGGAGGUGUGGAGCUUCUCUGAGCUGGACAGGCGCUCGAACGCGGUGGGCCGCUGGGCGCUCGAGCAGGGAUGGAAGGCUGGGGACGUGGUGGCGGUGUUCAUGGAGGGUCGGCCUCUCAUGGUGGCCUUGUGGCUGGGACUGGCCAAAGUGGGCGUGGAGGCAGCGCUCAUCAACUUUAACCUCCGUAGAGAUUCACUCGUCCACUGCCUGGAGGUGUCGGGGGCUCAGGGGAUGGUGUUCGGGACGGAGUUAGUGGACGCGGUGGUGGAGGUCAGUGACUCCCUGGCUGGCCGUAUGAAGCUUUUCUACACAGGUUCGUUACCGGCUGGAAAUCUGACCUCCGACCUCUCAGUCCAGGAUCUGGACCUGAUGCUGGCUACCACUCCCCAAACACCGCCACCGGUCACCCACAACAAGGGCUUCAAUGACAGGCUCUUCUAUAUCUACACCUCAGGCACCACAGGUUUGCCCAAAGCUGCCAUUGUAGUCCACAGCAGGUUUUACCGUAUUGCUGCGUUUGGGUACUACUCCUUCAAACUGCGCCCCGACGACAUCAUGUACACCUGUCUGCCUCUCUAUCACUCAGCAGGCAACAUCAUGGGGGUGGGUCAGUGUCUGGUUCACGGCCUGACGGUGGUGAUCAGGAGGAAGUUCUCCGCCAGCCGGUUCUGGGACGACUGCGUCCGAUACAACUGCACUGUGGUCCAGUACAUCGGUGAAAUCUGCCGUUACCUCUUAUCCCAACCGGUGCGCCCUUCUGAGUCGAGCCACUGCAUUCGGGUUGCCAUGGGAAACGGGCUCCGCCCCAAUGUGUGGGAGGCGUUCACCAAACGCUUCAAUAUAAGACAGAUCGGAGAGUUUUAUGGAGCUACAGAGUGUAACUGCAGCAUCGCCAACCUGGACGGCAAGAUGGGGGCGUGUGGCUUUAACAGCGUGAUCCUGCCUAAUGUUUACCCCAUCAGACUGCUGAAGGUGGAUGAAGAGACCAUGGAGCUCAUCCGAGACAGCAGGGGGCUCUGUAUGCCGUGUAAACCAGGUGAACCAGGGGUAUUGGUUGGACGGAUCAACCAGCAGGACCCCCUGAGGAGGUUUGAUGGCUAUGCUAAUCAAGAAGCUACGAAUAAAAAGAUUGUGCACAAUGUAUUCAAGAAGGGUGACUCCGCCUACCUGUCAGGUGAUUUGAUGGUGAUGGACGAACUGGGCUACAUGUAUUUCCGAGACCGCAGUGGGGACACGUUCCGCUGGCGAGGCGAAAACGUUUCUACCACAGAAGUGGAAGGAGUUUUGAGCUCUUUACUGAACCAGACAGACGUAGCAGUGUAUGGAGUCUCUGUUCCAGGUGUGGAGGGCAAGGCAGGUAUGGCUGCCAUCGCUGACAGCACAGGCAGCUUUGACUGUAAAACAUUCUUGCAGGAGGUGCAGAAGUCCCUCCCCUCGUAUGCCUGCCCUGUCUUCUUACGCCUUUCACCAGAAGUGGACACAACAGGCACGUUUAAGAUCCAGAAGACGCGGCUGCAGAAAGAGGGAUUUGACCCCCGGCACUCAAAUGACCGGUUCUACUUUCUAAACAGCCGAGCGAGGCGCUAUGAGCAUCUAACAGAGGAACUAUAUAACUCAAUCCAGGAGGGUAGGGCAUCUUUAUGAGAAUAGACAGUGGUCAGUUGUCAGUAGUGCUGUGUACAUUCUGUAAUAACAAACCUGCUGUAUUUCAGACUCGCUGCGGUCAGAGAGUAGUGUUGUGCAAAACACUCGAGGUAAUUAGCAGCGAGUUAUUUUUAGAUCUAAACUAAUGUCUGCCAUCGCACACAGACAGUGGAAUUAACAAAAGCUCUGUAUUCUAUAACUGUGGUCUGUGACUUUGGUGCUAACAACAUGUGGUUGUCGUCCACAAAAGCUGAUCAAAUAUUAAUUUAUUAAUUAUUUUGUGAAAUUACAUUUUUGUAAAAUUCAAGAAAAAAUAUUGUGUUAAAAUGUGAAAUAAAAACAAAUGUAAUUGGAAUUGCUAUGCGAAUGUAACACAGCCUUACCCACCGUGCCUUUGAGGCUCCGCUAGGCCUCCUUUCUACCUGUCUAAGGCCAAGUUUCUAAAGAAUGUGCCAUUUUAUGCCAUUUUAUACAGGCAAAACAGAGAAGUGCCUAACUAAUGCAAACCAGCAAGAGUAUAACGAUACACAUAUUUUCAGUUUUGAUACGAUUUUCAAUUCUGACGUCAAUGAUUCAAUUUGAUUUUUUUAUAUUUUAUAUUUUAUCUGUUAAAAAGGUCUCAAAUCUACAGAGCUCUAAUUCUGUUCUGCACAGAUUAUUAUAGCUCAGAUGAAUGAAGGUUCUCCAAUAGAACUUUAUCAGUGCUUGCCGUGCCCCCCUCUAACAAAGUAAACCCCCAAAAUCACAACCUCUAGACUUUCUAAGCUCUUCAGAAAAAAAAUCAGUCAUUUCAGUGAGGGUGUGGCCACAUCAUAAGCCCCACCCACUUUACUCUUAUAGGCUGCAGCCAAAUUACUAGUUUAGAUCACUGACAGUGGUUUCCGAUGGUCAAUGAGAUGCUCUGAAGAGAACCAGGGAUACAGCAAUACAGUUUUACUUCAACAUACAGUCAUUUCAUAUUCAGUUUUUGGUACUGUAUUGAACUUGCAGUAGAUAGAAACAAAGGCAUCUAGACAAAAAUCCAAAAAGAACCUGUGAACGUGCACCAACACUUCUUUUUGUAAGAGACAAGGAUUUCAGGAAAGACCUUUGUUUAGAAAAUU